AUGUUUCUCGUUAUCUUGUACUUCGCUGUGCCCUUAGUGGAUGUACUUUUGUCCGCAGAAGUGAGCGGACUGCCUGGAGGGGACCGCCUUGACUGUGUGAAAGCCAGCGAUCAGUGUCUCAAGGAGCAAAGCUGUAGUACUAAAUACAGGACACUGAGGCAGUGUGUAGCCGGCAAAGAGAGCAACUUCAGCCGGGCGACAGGCCUGGAGGCAAAGGACGAAUGCAAAAGCGCCAUGGAAGCUCUGAAGCAGAAAUCUCUGUACAACUGCCGCUGUAAGAGGGGCAUGAAGAAGGAGAAAAACUGCCUGCGCAUUUACUGGAGCAUGUACCAGAGCUUACAGGGAAAUGACUUGCUUGAAGAUUCCCCUUAUGAGCCAGUUAACAGUAGACUAUCAGACAUAUUCAGGCUAGCACCAAUUGUAUCAGUGGAGCCAGUACUUUCAAAGGGGAACAAUUGCUUGGAUGCAGCAAAAGCUUGUAACCUAAAUGAUACCUGCAAGAGGUUCAGAUCUGCUUACAUAACCCCCUGCACCAGCAGCACGUCUAAUGAAAUCUGUAACAAGCGGAAGUGUCAUAAGGCCCUCCGGCUAUUUUUUGACAAAGUUCCCCCAAAGCACAGCUACGGGAUGCUCUUCUGCUCCUGUCGAGACGUAGCCUGUACAGAAAGGAGACGGCAGACUAUUGUUCCUGUGUGUUCAUAUGAGGACAGGGAGAAACCAAACUGCCUGAAUUUACAAGAAUCCUGCAAGAAGAAUUACAUCUGCAGAUCUCGCCUUGCAGAUUUCUUCACAAACUGCCAGCCUGAGUCACGGUCUGUUAGUAGCUGUCUGAAGGAGAACUAUGCUGACUGCCUCCUCGCUUACUCAGGGCUUAUUG